GAGAAUAGAGUGGUGGUAAAAUUUAGCCGGUUUUGUUGUGACUACGAAGUUUGAUUAAUCUUAAUUUCCUGUUUUUAAAAUUUUAUUUUUUUUUGAAUGUGAGACAAGGGAGGGAAAAAAUGCCUCCUUAAAAAGAAUUUUGAUUUAUGGACGCUUGUGAUAGUGGCAUAAAAGAUUGUUUUCGUGAUUGGAAAGAAUCAUGUCGUUUUUUAAUUAUAGUGGAUUUCAUAGCCCCCCUUCGAGGCCUUUGAUUAUUCCGUCCCCUACAAGUCCAUUUUGUACGAGUCCUAGUCAGCUACAAGAGGUCACUUUGGACCAAGACAACACAUUUUCAAAUUCCAUGGGUGGACCAAUGCGGGGCAGGUCCGUCAAAGAGUUCGAAGAGCAGCUGUCAAAUCUCAAAAAGGAAAAUUUUAAUCUCAAACUCAGGAUUUAUUUUUUAGAAGAAAGGAUGGGUGUCAAUUUUAAUCUAGACAAGGAAAAUGUAGUUAAGAAAAACGUUGAAUUAAUGGUUGAAGUGGAAAGUUUGAGGAAAGAAGUUCAGGAAAAGCAUGAUUUACUGUGUCAAGCUGUGAAGGCAAUGGAGUUGGAAGAUGAAGAACACAAAAAACUGGUAACCGAAAAGGAAGAGAUGCUGACGGAGGCCCAUCAGGAAAUCGAAGAUCUGAAGUCACAGCUACUUGAUGCUAAAACGGAAAGUGAGAUAAUGUCGGCCAGGACUCAAUCCGAUUACUACGCAUCUCAAGCAUUCAGUUUACCAGACACUUCAAGUGCCCUGAAAGAGCUUCAAGAUAAAAUUAAAUCCCUGGAAGAAGAGCUGCAACAGGAGAAGGGAAACAGUGCCGCAAUUCAACUAAUUCUCGAUCAGAACGAUAACAAAAUCAAGAGUUUAUCAUCACAGUUGGAGGAAGCGACGAAAAAACUCGAUUAUCGCAUCCAUGAAUUCGAAGAUAUGAGUUUUCAAUUGGCAGAGGCCAAGGCGAAAUGCCAAGGCUUGCACAAGAAACUCGAGGAGAAGUCGCAAAUUGUGAGUGAAUUGUCAUCUGAAAACGAUGAGUUGCGAAAACGUCAAAAUCUCUUCUCGUCGGAUUUGGAGAAAGAACGAAAACGUUAUGAAAAGUUGAGAGCGAGCAGUGAGCAGAAAAUCGCCGAUUUGCAGUCGAAAUUGGAGGCCUCUUUGGCCGAAUUGAAGAAAAGUCAGGACCUUGUGGUGUCUAAGAGUCCUGGCCGCCGCCCCGGAUAUACUGAUGCCGAUUCCUUUUCAGUUCAAAAACCAACAACACCUUCUGGAUCUCCGUCGAAAGACACAUUCCUUCUUCCAACACUCCCUUCGCCGGUAAUAACGCCCACUUCGUCCCCCUCACCCUCUGUCAAUUUCCCCUUUGAUCAUAAUAAUCUCGAUGUCAAGCAAAUUAUUGAACAACUGAAGAACGAACGCGACUCUCAACACCAGAAAAUCGUCAAGCUUAAAGCCGAACAAAUGAAAGCUUGCAAGAUAAUCAAGAGUAUGAUCGAUUCAAGGAAUAAAACCAACAAUGAAAUCACCACUUUGAAACAGAAAAACGAACAACUUGAAAGGGAACUAGAAGGGGUGGUUUCAAGAAUGCAAACGGAGGGCGAGAGGGUGUCUCGCGGCGGCGAAUCUUUGUCCAAUGAGAAUUCAAUGGAGGAACAAAGCGGAGAGUUAAUUGAGCAUUACAAAGCUCUGACUGAUGAACUAGAGGAGAAGAACAGGAUUUUGACGGCUACUUUGGACGCGAAAGACAACCAAAUGAAGCGAUUGCAAGACCAGUAUGAGGACAUCAUGAAGAAUAUUAAAGAAAAAGAAGAACACAUUGUCGAUCUUGAAUUUGACUUAUUGACAGCAAACCAGGAAAAAGGAGGUGAAAAAGAGGAAAUCGAGCGUCUCAAAGCAAUCCUUGUGCAACGCAACAGUGAUUUGCAAGGACUCGUCAAUAAAGAACUGUGGGAGAAGAAUCGUGAAAUCGAAAAACUCCAAAAGAAACAAGCGUCAGAAAUAGAAAAACUCCGAAAUGACUUGACUACAAGAGAGAAACAAUUGAGUUUGAUCAAGGAGAAGAUUUCCGAAUUGGGAAUUGAAAUCGACAUUCAAAACGGGGGAAUCUGUGUCGAGAACCACCUACAAACCGAAUUAGAAAAAUCCGAAAAAUUGAGACUGGAAGCGAAUGAAGUUUGUGCAGUCUUGAGUCGAAGACUAGAGGAAUUGGCUAUCUUCCUCGAUUCUUUGUUGAAGCAAAAAUCGGUUUUGGGCUUCUUGGGCAACAAGGAAAACCAGAGAAUACGUCACAUCAUCGACCAGAGUCUGGAUUUGUCCAGAUCUUUCACCAUGAGCAUGAUUAUUAAUCCAGAUCAAAGCCUCCUCCAACUCACAAACAUUUCCAGUUUUUUGAAUGAGACGAAUCAAACUGACACUAGUAGACUCAGUUUAACGUAUAAAAGCCAUCUUUACAAGAAUGACGAUGGUGAUAAUGCACAAAUUAUUCAAACUUUGCGCCAACAAAUCGUUAAUCUGAAAUAUGAACUCCAAUUGCGUGACGUCGAGUUGAAUAAAAUCACAGUUUGUGACAAUUUCACGGAGAUUUCGUCCGAAAAAGACGAACAAGAUUUGGACAAGCCUAAUUUGAAUACAACAUCGACGACUUUAAAGUAUAAGAGUGAUAAUCAAUCUGAGUCCGAGGCGUGGUCCGAGCCAGAUCGUUCGGUUUCACGUGCCCGAAUCGGUCUUUUAGAUGGAAGUUUGAAAUCGAAUUCGAGCAAAAAAAUAAACACUUCAACUGACUCGACCGAAGAUGAGGAAGAUAAAAGUUCACAUACUUCUAAAAAAAGUACACUUAAUGAAAGUCGCACAACUAUAUUGGAAUUGCAUAGACAAGUCUGCGAACUCAGUCAGAAAUUAAACGAAAAAGAAACGGCUUAUUGCGACGCGAUGAAAAACAACAGUAAACUCAAGCAAGAAUUGGACAAUUUAGAAAUCAAACUGACUGAAGCCCAACAAGAUAAAAUAGAAUGUGAGAAGAAAGUACAAGAGCUUGACGAGAAAGAUAAAAAGAUUGAAAUGGAAAAGGAGGAAGCAUUGCAACUUGCGAAAGUAGCAGAGGAAGCUUUCGAAGUGGCGAAAAAUGAGGUGAAGAUUCUCGAGGGGAAGUUAAAAGAGAAACAGGAAGAAAUGACCGAAUUGGAAGAGGAGCUUCGAAACGAGUACCAGAAUCAACUCAAAGACCAAGUGAGGCAUUUGGAGGAAGAAUCGUUGAAGAAAUUGAACGAAAUACAAAGCAGUGCUGAGCUCGAAAUUAAGACGCUGCGUAACACAAUUCAACAGUUGCAAGCCGAAUAUGAAGUAAACUACGUGAAGAAAUGCCAAGUUGAGGAAGCACUUGAUGAAAUUGAUCGAUUGAAGAACGAAGUUGAUUCUUUGGAAGAACGUUUGGAAGAAAUGACUGGAGAAGAAGAACGCACUAAUAGGAAAUUCACAGAAUAUGAGGAAAGAAUCAAUAGUUUGCGUUGUGAUUUAGAUAAUGCGACAUUGCAGUAUUCGGAAGCCGUUUUGGACAAGACUAAAAUAGCCAAGGAAAAGGCACUAAUUGAGCAAGAACUCAAUCGAAGUGUUUUGAAGGAAAUUGAUACGAAAAAGCGACUAGAUGAGGUUGAAAAUGAGCUUCAAGAGUUGCGCCAGGCUCAUCAGAGGCAAGUGUCGUCACUACAAGUGCAUAAAUCGAAACUUGAAGUGCGUGUUAGCGAAUUAGAGUCGUCCAAUGCGGAGUUGCACAAUAGACUUGUUAAAAUUCAAGCGGGUUGUGGCGAUGUGAAUUCGGUGUCUUUAACAACACCGAAUUUCGUCAAUCAGAUUGUGUCGUUUAGACGCCAACAUUCGGACAAUUCCGGGUAUUUGUCCGAAGAACAGAUCGUAAUGGACGAUGGGAGAGGAAGUAGGAGUUUCAGUAGAUUGGUAUCGAACCAGAAUUUUGAUAUUGAAAGACACGAAGCGAAUUCUUCGCCUGAUUUGGGAAUUGAGAGUGACCAUGGCAGGUUUUCCAGUUUGGAGACGCACCUCAACGUACAGAGGCCGUUAUUGCAGACUUUGGAGUUGACCGAGUCGAUGAACAACUUGCUCGAUGUCGAGAGCAAUCAAGACGAAAACUGUGAUGAUGUGCAUUGCUGUCAGAAAACGCUGGAAAUGGCCCACGAGAACAACGAUUUGAAGCGGAAGUUGCUGAGGACGAGGAGAGCGUUGGAGGAGACUGUGACCCAAUUAACUUUAGCAAAUCAACGGAAAAAACAAGUGGAAAAAACCAUUUGCAAACAGAUUCAUAAAACGAGUCAAGUGCUACGAAAGGCCAAAGCUAAUUUAGAUUCAGGCUCAGAGACUGAUGCGUAUAAAAAAUAAUCAUUUUACAUGUCACUUUUGUAUAUUGUUUAAGUUUUAGUAAAUACGUUUUCUUGUUUGUAUUUCUCAUUUUUAAGUAGGACGUAAGGACUGGAAUGUGAUAUUUCCUGUGUCUUCUUGUGCCAACAGUGUACAAAAUUGUGUAGUUCAUAGAAUUUUAAGCAGUACCUAUUGUGAUAUAAGCGUAUUUUUGAAAUGUGAAGUUCGCCAAUUAUAGGUUUUUGAUUUUUCUAGAAA